CCCAUGUCCAUAUAAUGAAUAGAUAAGGGGAUGUGACUGUUAGUGGUUGCUAGCUAACUUUAGCUCCGUGUUAGCUAACAGGAGAGUGCAGUGUAUAGAUUCAUAACAGUCCAUUGGGUAAUGUAGUUUAUGCUCCGUGUAUCCCACAGAGCCGUCCUCUCUGCACUGCAGUCAGAGGGAGAGAGAGAGAGAGAUAAAGAGAGAGAGAGAAAAAGAGAGAGAGACUGCGCAAAAAAAAAAAGGCCCGGAUUUGUGACGUCAUGGGGCGCCUUUGACAGGAUCCAACAACCACCGGAGAUGUGUGACCGACAUCCAGCGGACCGGGAGGUGUCGACGGGUACACGGCUGUUUUGAGCGACACACACUCGGAGGAUCUUUCGCUCAGAUUGUGCUGACUGCGCCCACCAUGAGAGCGCCUCUCCGCUGUUAAAGGGACUCCAACGAACGAGCUGUUGACCACGGAGGAGGAGGAGGAGGAGGGGGGAUAAGCAGCCGGAGAACAAACCACUAAUCCACCAGGACGAUCACAUUCACGGUGGAAGUGGACCGUCCAGGGCAGCGAGGACUGGAUUAAAUGAUAGGGAAUAAAAAGAGCGAACCUGAAAGUGUUAUGCCCGUUAAUCCGCGUGGUCUUUAUGUGACUGGAAAUGGGAGCUUUAACAAGCAGACAAAACAUAGGCGUGGAAGAACUGGACAUUCCGUCCAGUUCGGUGUACCGUUAUCCACCCAAAUCUGGCAGUUACUUCGCCAGCCAUUUCAUCAUGGGAGGAGAGAAGUUUGACUCCACCCAUCCGGAGGGUUACCUGUUUGGGGAGAACACAGACCUUAACUUCCUGGGGACCAGACCUGUGGCGUUCCCGUACGCAGCCCCUCCACCUCAGGAACCAGUGAAGACGUUACGAAGCCUUAUAAACAUCCGUAAGGACACGCUGCGGCUCGUACGGUGCAGCGAGGACCUGAAGCUGCCGGGUGACGAGGCGGAGGGGAAGAACCGGGCCUGCUACAAUGUGGAGUUCACCUUCGACGCUGACACACAGGUGGCCAUAACCAUCUACUACCAGGCCAUAGAGGAGUUUCACAAUGGAGUGCCAGUUUACCUGCCCCAGGACAGCUCUCUGCAGUCGGAGACGGUGCACUUCAAGAGGGGAGUGGGCCAGCAGUUCUGUCUGCCCUCACACACCGUAAACCUCAGCGAAUGGGCUGACGAGGAGCUGCUGUUCGACGUGGACAAAGAGGUUUUCCCCAUGGUGGUGCAGGCUGUGGUAGACGAGGGGGAUGAACAUUUGGGCCACUCUCACAUACUGCUGGCUACAUUUGAAAAGCACAUGGACGGGAGCUACUGUGUGAAGCCUCUGAAGCAGAAACAAGUGGUGGAUGGAGUGAGUUAUCUACUGCAGGAGAUCUACGGGAUAGAGAACAAAUACAACAGCCAGGAAUCAAAGGUUGCAGAUGACGAGAUCAGUGACAACAGUGCCGAGUGUGUGGUGUGUUUGUCGGAUGUGCGAGACACACUCAUCCUACCGUGCCGACACCUGUGUCUCUGCAACGCCUGCGCAGACACUCUGCGCUACCAGGCCAACUGCUGCCCCAUCUGCAGACUGCCAUUCAGAGCUCUGCUGCAGAUCCGAGCUAUGAGGAAGAAGCUCAGUCCUCUGUCACCUACCAGCUUUAACCCCGUCAUCACUUCCCAGACCUCUGACUCGGAGGAGCACUCGGCGUCGGAGCACAUCCCUCCAGGAUACGAGGUGGUGUCUCUCCUGGAGGCCUUGAACGGCCCCCUCAACACCUCCUCGGUGGAUCCUCCUCUCAACUCCGGUCCCAGUCACGUCUCCGGAGUGCUGCCCCCGUACAGCAGUGAGCCUCACCCGGCACCGGCCCGCUCCCUCUCCCCUCUAGAGCACUCCAACUCCAGUCAGGGACUCAAACUCCAGAAGAGCGGUUCGAAGUCUCUCUCCCAGAAUUCCUCUGUGCUCCCUGAGGAGGAGGAUGAGAAGUCUUGCAGUGAAUCGGAGGCCUGCCGUCACAAACUCGCCGUGGACCAGCAGGAGAGUGGAGUGACUCCAGACAGCGAGAACCUGACUCUGUCCUCGUCUGGAGCAAUCGACCAGUCAUCCUGCACGGGAACCCCUCUCUCCUCCACCAUCACCUCCCCUGAAGACCCAGUGAACAGCAGCCUGGUCCACUCAGUGAUGUCCAUGGCCUCGUCCCACUCGCAGCACUCCCACAUCAGCACUGACACCAUGUCCUCCAUGUCAGGGUCCUACCUGGCCGGGGCCGAAGGCGAACCCGGGGGAGACGAGGGGGGAGAUGCUGAGGGCGAGGAGAACCAGGACGCCCCCAUGGAGAGCCGAGGACCGUCGCAGCAGGACGGGGAGUUUUCCCAGGAGCCAAAGGAACAAAACUACUCGGUGGCAGUAGAGGAGCAGGACUCAGAGGGAAACGAUGUCACUGAAGAGGACUGCUCCUCCCCGUCUAAUGGGAAAGGUGGGCGGAGCAGGUGUGCAGAGUUGGCCAAUAACAAUCAGGGCGUCGCCCUCUGUGACACGCCCUCUUUGGGGUUGGAUAAUGAGCAGGCUCCCGACGGCCGAAUCGCCGGUCUGAUGUACCUUGGGGGCUACAGGCCUGUUCUGGAGCCCCUCUCCCACCACACCUCCACCAGCAACAUCAACCUGGAGGAGCAGGGGCCUGAGAACAGGGACGGCCAGGGUCCUAAACAUCCCCGCCGCGGACCACUCAUUGUGUAACGCACCUGAAACACACAGACUUCUCCGUCCAGAGUCAGCUCCUCUUCUUCUUCUUCUUCUUCUUCUUCUUACCCUGCCAUAGUGCUGCAUCGCUGGAUACUAUCCUCACUGAGCAGGGAAGCCCCCCCCCCCUCACACACACUCCAUCUGUCGCCGAUGCCGUCGCUGAAACUCAUAGAAAGAGGAGGGAAGAGGAACAGAACAUGUCUGUCGUCUGUGCACUUUUAUCUCACAGGAGUUUCUUUGUUUGUUUUUUUUGUCUGUGAGCUUACUUGUGGAAUUUAUUAGCCUACUGCUAUGUUAUUAUUUAUUACAUGUACUCCUAACUAAUGAGAGCUGUGUAUCGUGACACUAUCUCCAGAAAAAUACCUGCUGCUCCUUUCCUCUCCUCUCCUCUAUUACCAGCCAAACAGUCAGGGGCUACUGUGAUGGGCAAUCUGAUGUAUUACUAAUGUACUUCUUCUUCUCUCUUAUAAACUGUAUGUUGAACAAGUGUUCGUACACUAUUUAAAAGUCAGCUCACACCGGACUACCUUACCAUAGCGAACUAAAACCUGCUGACUUCUCUCUUCGGAUCAGGGAGCUCCCUCCUCAACUUCGCAUGCAGCUUUUGACCUCUGCUGAUGUUUUCCUCUCAUUCCCGCCAUGAUUUUCAAACAACCUCUGCCGAAUGUGAACACAGAAGCGGUCAGACUUGUAAGGCGGCGGACGAGGCAAGAAAUACUGGCCAAAAUGAACAGAAAUGGACUGACGACAACAUAAAAAGACUUCUUCACACAGAAUGUAGGACGAUGAACGUAUAUCUCUCAGAAGGGGAACGUACGAGACAAUUAAAUUAUCUGAACUGGAAUGAAACAUGAACUUUGAACCCUAAACUGGUUCUCCAAACACACACACACCACGCCAUCCUCUCCUUCUGCAGCUCCAUCUUAGCAUGUCAGUAUUAGCGUAUUGCAACUGGAAACCAACAAGUACAACCAAGCAAUAAAGUUGCCGAAGCAGGGUCUCCUGCAGGACGAGGCUCACAUGCAGUUCAAACAAAAACUGUUUGCACUGGCCUGUUGCAUUCAAAUCAUUUCAAUGUUUAAAUGUUAUUUUUCUUAAUUUAAAUUUUGCCAUUUCCUUUGUGAGAAAAACAUCCUACGUAUAAUUUGAAAACCUAAACGUGAGAUUUAGGCCACACUGUGGUUAGCUUGUUCAUCCUCUUAUUAAUAUCACCUCGACGAGCCCUUUUCUCCUCGUUUGUGAAGCUUUUAGUUGUUUUGGUUUUGUAUAACUUUAAUGUGUAUCUCACCAGUUGUUGAUGUUCUCUGUUACUGUGUUUUAAGUUGUUGCAAAACACUGUGUUGUUUACUAGGAUGUGAAUGAAAAGGAUGAAAAGGUUUACACACGUGAGCACACAUAACGAAAACUGAAAGGGACGAUAUCGACAUUUAAUGCACUAUUCUCUGUUUCCUAGACAACACACUUUGCGGUGCAUGAGGCGGUUGUAGAGUAAGCAUGUUAGUCUAGGUCAGCCUGCACCCUUCUGUAGAAUACUUGAUGAUGGAUCAUUGCAUACACACAAAGCCGGAUCAUAUCCAUCUGUAGUGUUAUAUAUCGGUUGCUGGCUCCCUAUUCCCUUGACCCGAACUGUUACGGUCAAGAGGACUGCACAUCUAUAUCCAAGCUGCAAACAGUCAUGUGACCACAGUCCGAAUGUGUAGAUGAAGCCGUUCUCUGGCACCAGUCGCAGUAUGAUAUCAAAGGAAUGGGUCCUGAAUCUGCAAGACCCCCACUUUUCUAGAACUAUGGGUGAAAAAGUGACAAAGAUAACAUCAGAUGGACAAUAAAGUUUUUGCAACUAAA